CCCAGAAUGUCCGCACAGGUUGAAAGCUUUGGCUUCCAGGCUGAGAUCAGCCAGUUGCUUGACCUUAUCAUCAACACCUUCUACUCCAACAAGGAGAUCUUCCUGCGAGAGUUGAUCUCUAACGCCUCCGAUGCCCUCGACAAAAUCCGCUAUGCCUCCCUCACCGAUCCUUCACAACUCGACUCUGGCAAGGAGCUCUUCAUCCGCAUUAUCCCCGACAAGGAGAACAAGAUCCUCUCCAUCCGUGAUACCGGUAUUGGUAUGACCAAGGCCGACAUGGUUAACAACCUCGGUACCAUCGCCAAGUCCGGCACCAAGGGCUUCAUGGAGGCUCUCAACUCCGGCGCCGACAUUUCCAUGAUUGGUCAAUUCGGUGUCGGUUUCUACUCUGCCUACCUCGUCGCCGAGCGUGUGCAGGUCAUUUCCAAGCACAACGACGAUGAGCAGUACAUCUGGGAGUCCGCUGCCGGCGGCACCUUCACCAUCACCCUCGACACCGUCAACCCCCCUCUCAACCGUGGUACCGAGAUCCGCCUCUUCAUGAAGGAGGAUCAGCUUGAGUACCUCGAGGAGAAGCGCAUCAAGGAUAUUGUCAAGAAGCACUCCGAGUUCAUCUCCUACCCCAUCCAACUCGCCGUGACCAAGGAGGUCGAGAAGGAGGUUGAGGACGAUGAGGAGGAGGAGGUGAAGGAAGAUGGCGAGAAGCCCAAGAUUGAGGAAGUCGACGAGGAUGAGGAAGAGAAGAAGAAGAAGACCAAGAAGAUUAAGGAGAAGGAGGUUGUCAACGAGGAGCUCAACAAGACCAAGCCCAUCUGGACUCGCAACCCCAACGACAUCACCCAGGAGGAGUACGCCUCCUUCUACAAGUCGUUGACCAACGACUGGGAGGACCACCUCGCUGUCAAGCACUUCUCCGUCGAGGGUCAGCUCGAGUUCAAGGCCAUCCUCUUCAUCCCCAAGCGUGCUCCCUUCGACCUCUUCGAGUCCAAGAAGAAGCGCAACAACAUCAAGCUCUACGUCCGCCGUGUCUUCAUCAUGGACGACUGCGAGGACCUCAUUCCCGAGUACCUCAACUUCGUCAAGGGUAUCGUCGACUCCGAGGAUCUUCCUCUCAACAUUUCUCGUGAGACCCUCCAGCAGAACAAGAUCUUGAAGGUCAUCCGCAAGAACCUUGUCAAGAAGACUCUCGACCUCAUCACCGAGAUCUCUGAGGACAAGGACAACUUCAACAAGUUCUACGAGGCCUUCGGCAAGAACAUCAAGCUUGGUAUCCACGAAGAUGCUCAGAACCGCAGCAAGCUCGCUGAGUUCCUCCGCUUCUACUCUACCAAGUCUCUCGAUGAGCAGACCUCCCUCAAGGACUACAUCACUCGCAUGCCUGAGGUCCAGAAGACCAUCUACUACCUCACCGGUGAAUCCCUCGCUGCCGUCAAGGAGUCUCCCUUCCUCGAGGCCCUCAAGAAGAAGGGCUUCGAAGUCCUCCUCCUCGUCGACCCCAUCGACGAGUACGCCAUCACCCAGCUCAAGGAGUUCGACGGCAAGAAGCUCGUUUGCGUGUCGAAGGAAGGCCUUGAGCUCGAGGAGACUGAGGAGGAGAAGAAGGCUCGCGAGGCCGAGGCUGCUGAGUUCGCCGAGCUCUGCUCCACCGUCAAGGAUGCCCUCGGUGACCGUGUCGAGAAGGUCGUCAUCUCCAACCGUAUCAUCGACUCUCCUUGCGUCCUCGUCACCGGCCAAUUCGGCUGGUCUUCCAACAUGGAGCGUAUCAUGAAGGCUCAGGCCCUCCGUGACUCCUCCAUGUCCUCUUACAUGGCCUCCAAGAAGACCCUCGAACUCAACCCCGGUAACCCCAUCAUCAAGGAGCUCAAGCGCAAGGUCAAGGAGGACAAGGCCGACAAGUCCGUCCGCGACCUCACCUACCUCCUCUUCGAGACCGCACUUCUCACCUCCGGCUUCACCCUCGACGAGCCCUCAUCCUUCGCCAAGCGCAUCUACCGCAUGGUUGCCCUUGGUCUCGACGUCGACGAGGAUGAGGAGCCCGCCGCCGCUCCUUCUGAGACUCCUGUCUCCACCGAGGCUGCCUCCACCUCUGCUAUGGAGGAGAUCGACUAAACGCUUCCUUCUCGUUGAAGUUUUUGGGUUUUUCUGUCGCUAUCAUUCAUUUUUGCUUUCACUUGUCGCAUUUUUUUUCGCAUUCAUCCACAUCUUGCAUCUACCACUCAUCGAAUACAAACCAGUCGCAUAGUCAUGUAAUUUUACGUUUCAAAAUCAAACUAGUAUUCGGAA